AUGGAUCAGAGUAUUGGAGCUAUCCCAGACUCGACCCUUGUGGCUAUGAAGAAUCACAAGGAUCUCGGUAUUCACACGGAAUUACUCGGUGGAGGUGUGAUGGACUUGGUCAGGACCGGGGUGAUUAAUAAUACCAAGAAGUCAGUAAUGCCUGGAAAGUCCAGUUCAGAUUUUGAUUGCUGCAGUUGGACGAAUCAUUCCGAUAUAAUAAGGGCCAAUUCGAAAAUGACUUGUAUCAAUUCCGGAAUAGAGAUCGACAUCACUGGCCAAGUCGCCUCCGAUUCCAUAGGAUCGACAUUUUACUCAGGAUUCGGUGGACAAACAGACUUCAUGGGCGCUUCAUCUACAUCAUAUGAUGGUAUGGGUAAGGCU